ACAACGUGGUAAUGGAUUCGUUGCUCGAGAGCGCGAGCACGUACGCGGAGGUGUUGCGAAAUUGCAGUUCCGUCAAGGUCGCCGAAUGGAAACAAGAAGACUUGGAAAGAGCCGUGAACUGGGCCGAAUACUUCAAGCGGGUCAAUGCUCGUCUGCAGAAAAAACCAGCUCUAGUCAGAAAAUUUGACACCCAAUUGAAAGAAAUAUCCUCCCAGACAGGCGGUCGGUUUGCACAGAAGACUCUAUCAACUGAAUUCCUAGGCAAUAGCCUAGACUACCUCAUUAUGAGUCUUCUAGAGAAUCCGUAUCUCCCAGAAGGCAUCAAGGAGCUGGUACAUCAGAAGUAUGCGACGGAGGAUCACCAUAAGCACAUGGAGAAGUAUGCAAGCACCCAGGCACUUUUCGCCACUCUGACAGCCAUGCACAACAAGCUGUCUAAACAUGCCCCGUCCUUUCUGAAAAGUAUGAGUAUCUAUCUAUCUAUAUAUAUAUCAUGUGUUCUUACAUUAAGAGUCAGUUGAUGAAACUGAAAGUACUAUCUGCACAGAUUUAGUAAACUUCAAGUCUCCAGAUAUUUAAUUUGGAAGUUUCGUUCAUUGGAAGAUUUUCCUAAAGCUGUGUGUAUAGUGUUGGCUCGUACGGCUUGCAUUGGAGUGUACAGUUUGGCCUCUACAGGAGACCCACUGCUAGUGGCUAGUGCAGGAGUGUUGGAGGAAGAACUGGAGUGGAUACUGUCACACUCUCAGACACCACACACUCUUGCUCAUGGUAAACUGAACCAUCUUGUUCAGCAAGAGAAUGGAAUGGAGGUGAUACUUUUUUCAAUCGUCUCUCAAAUUCACUCACCAUCAUCAUCUGCGUUGUCAGUCGAACCUUCUACUGCCCCUAAACUUCCUCCCGCUAGCUCUGGAUCUAAGUCCAUCACUACUGCCAUCAUUCUAGAGUGGCUCGAGCUGUGCCUGCAGGCCAAGACAUCCUCACCUCCUACACCCACUAGUGGUCCUCUGCUGCAGAGUGCCACAGAGGAAU